AUUUUUUUUAUUUAUUUUUCCUGUUUUAUUAUCUUCAUCUCGAUAGUAAGUUUCUUCUCUCGCAUAUAGUCGUUUGAGUCCAAUGUGGCUGCUGUUGCGCCUGCGUUGUCACCCCUUGGAUCGGUGAUGAUGCCGCUGCCGCCGGUACUGCUGCUGUUGUUGCUGCUGCUGCUUUCGCUGCUGGUGUCUCUUUCUCUUUGUCCAUCUUUUUUCAUUGCCGUACAAUUGGCGCAGACAUUAACGCUACUGCUCUGCUUCUGUCUUGCUCUAUUUCUCCUGACCCCCCUUUGGAAAAAAAAAAACUCCUACCAGUUUUAUCAGAGCUCCUCCACCACGCCCCACUACAGUCUUUGCUCCACAAUACUGUGUCGCGGUAUUACCUCCAGCACGCCACAACUGCCACGCGACCCUAUUCCCUCUUUCUGCCCUCUGCUUCUCUCUUCACGACCCUUUUAUAUCAUACAAUAUUAUACGAGCGUGCGUCGUGCUCCGAAUAGUCUUAUGCGUGAUAUCGUGUGUAUAUAUGUUGUACUCGCGUGUGGUAGUUCACGGUUCACCCCGGAUUUGUAUCCCAGGAUAGUAGUGGUGAACGCGUAAAUGCGGCAAAGGGGCAAAAGAGAUGUCUAUAUACAUGUGAUGCGAUAGUGAUGCUGGAAGAGAGCGGGGAUAUAUACGAUUGACCGUUGAGCGUGAAUACAGAGAGGGGGAAAAUCGUAAACGCUUGCUGGAGUAGCGCCAGUUCUGUACGGACAGUCAAACACAACGGUUACAAUAUUGUGUUAUUUUGAAAAAAAUUUAAAAAAGAAAAAAAAAUUAAGUUGUUUUUUUUUUUUCUUUAUUUUCGAGCCGUAAAUUUAUGCCGGUUAAUUGUGCACUUGUAAUAAAACUUAUUUAUUUAUUUUAUUAUUUUUGAUAUUAUUUAUUUAACAAUUUUUUUAUUUUUUUUCUUUUUAUUUUUGACAUAUAUGGAUAAUAAAUGUGUGGUUAUCGAGAAUACAUAUAGUGAACUUGACAGUAAUCUUUUAAAUAGUUUUAAUAAAAAAAUUUGUCACUUGUGCUUUAAAUAAUUAUUAAAAUGUUUUUUUUGUUAUGAAAAUCCUAUUAAAAAUAUUUAAAAGUUAAAAACAAUUGACAAGGAAAAAAAAGAGAAAAAAAUGAAUAAUUAAAUUGAUGAAAUUUCAUUGUGAAGUAUUUAUUGUUGUGUGUUUGUUGUUAAAAAUUAUUGAUAUCCACGUGGUAUAAUGCCAGUAUGACAAAAGAAUCUAUUAUGUGCACAACAGUGGAAUAUAUGAUGCCUGAUAAUAUGUGUAUAUUUUAAUUAAAUUAUUAUUACAUUGGAUUAAUAAAUUAUCAUAGAUAUUCAUCUCGGUCUGAUAAAUAAAGACCUAUACUACUAGUUUUUUUGUGAGUUUAUUUGUGAGCUUUUUUUUUCAUUUACCAAGUGAGUGUGUGUAAUAUUGUUGUUUUGUUUGAAAAUUAUUUGUUAAUAUACACAAUACACUGACCAAUGGAUAUUGUUUAUUUUGAAUAAAAAAAAAAAAAGAAGGAAAUAAUAUCAGGUGUAUCCAAUGAGAAUUGAGCUUGAUGACUCGAUGGGGCUGUGUUAUUAUCCACAGUUGGAUUGCUGAGUCAGACAAGUAUCGUAGUCGUAUGUACAGUGCGGGGAUGGUGGUUGUCGGAUAAUGCUCCCGGCACGAGGGUGAAUUUACCCUCGAUCGUUACAGAAAAAAAAAAAAUAAAAAAAUAUUAUAUAUAUUUUUUUUUUUACUCUGUCUUAUUCUGACCUUUUUCUUGGCCCGUUGUGGUGUUAUACUAUUGACGAACAACGUGACAGUAUAUAUUUUUCAUCCACUUGCAAUAUUCUGUCUCUUUGCUGACGCUUAAACUCUAACGCAACGAAAAAAAAUAGAUAAAUAAAUGAAAAAUUCUAUACCCAAGUGAAUUGUUCAUGUGUAUUCGAUCUUAAAACGUCUAUAUAUAAAAUGACAUAAAAUAUCAUACAGUAUUUAUUAUAAGAUAAAGUGCUUAAAUUUAAAAAACAAAAAAAAAUGAUAAUACGAGUAAAGUGUAUAAAUAUUAUUUGUGAAUUGUGCUGAUUAUUUUAUCAAAUUAAAUAAUUCAAGUUAACGCAAUGCCACCUAUAUUUGGAGAAUCUUCAAUGGACAUAAUAAUGCGAUUUGUAUCUUUGUUAAUUGGAUGCCGAUUCCAACAAAAACGAUCAAGGCCAUUGAAAAAAUUAUACUUAAUCUCAUGUUGUUUGAUGUGUUUGAAUAAUGCGGUUGGAACACCAAUGUCAACGGUAAAUUUAUCUAAUGGUAUUUCAACACUAAAACCAUCAGCAACAACUGAGAUGGUUUAUCAAAGAUUUGCAAUUGAGCCACAGGAUCAGACAGCUGUUAUCGGUAGUAGGGUAACGCUACCUUGUCGUGUACUUGAUCAAAAGGGUCCAAUUCAAUGGACAAAAGAUGACUUUGGCCUUGGGGCUGUUAGAAAUUUAACUGGCUUUGAACGUUAUGCCAUGAUUGGCAGUGAUGAAGAAGGUGAUUUUUCAUUACAUAUAUUUCCAGUUGAAUUAGAGGAUGAUGGAAAAUAUCAGUGUCAGGCAUCACCUACUAAUGAUGGCCAACCAGGCUUACGUUCGAGAUUUGCACGACUCAGUGUUUUGGUACCACCACAAAAGCCAAAAAUCCUUCAGGGUGAUUUUCUUGUUACGACAGAGGAUCGUGAAUUGACAAUGGAAUGCAUUAGUGUUGGUGGAAAACCAGCUGCUGACAUAACCUGGAUUGAUGGAUUGGGAAAUGUAUUACACAGUGGUAUUGAAACAUCAAUAGAUAAAAUUGAAGAUGGCCCAUUGUUCACUGUUAGAUCAGUUUUAAAAGUAAUGCCACGUAAAGAACAUCAUAAUACAACAUUUACAUGUCAAAGUCAAAAUGCCGCUGAUAGAACACCGCAAAAUGCCAAAUUAAGAGUUGAGGUACGAUAUGCUCCAAAAGUAUCAUUAAAAAUUCGAUCUGGUUUAGCAAAAAAUUCACGAAUUAUUGAAGGUUCUGAAUUGAGAUUUCGUUGUCGUGCUGAAGCCAAUCCACCUGAUGUUGAAUACAGAUGGUAUAUAAAUGAAAAAACAGUAAUAGGUGAUUAUACAACGGAGAUGAUAAUCCAUAAUGCCACAAGAGAAUUGCACGAUGCAAUCGUAAAAUGUGAAGUUCACAAUGAAGUUGGCAAAAGUCAGGAAACGGAAACACUAGAUAUAACAUAUGGACCACAAUUUCGACAUUCACCAGUAUCAGUUGAAACCCAUUAUGGUUCAACUGAAGUAUUACAAUGUGAUGUUGAUGGUAAUCCAACACCAGAAAUAAUAUGGAUACAUGAAGAAUCUGAUCGUAUUGUUGCAACAAGUUCAAAUAUAAGUAUUGUUGUAAGUCCUGAAACUUCUGGACGUUAUUAUUGUAAAGCUCAUGUACCUGGAUUUUUAGAAUUAACUGGUUAUGCUAAUAUAUUUAUUCGUGCACCACCAACAAUUGUAUCACAAAAAAUCCAAUAUGUUCCAGAUGAAGGAGUAGUUAAGGUUAAAUGUACUGCAAUAUCAGUACCAAAAGCUGAAUCUGUUGUAUGGAACUUUGGUGGUCGUGAGCUCAAUUUCACAUUAAACAAUACACCAUUUUAUGUGCAAGAUGAAUAUACACCAGAGAGAGUUGUCAGCACUAUAACACUUUUAGAGCCUAUUUCAAUGUACUUUGGUGAUUACAAUUGUUCAGUUACAAAUAGUUUUGGUACUGAUUCAGUAAUUAUUAAAUUAACAACUCAUGCAUUGAUUCCAGUUGAUUGGCAACUAAUUCUCAUCAUUGUUGGACUUGUCAUUUGUGUUAUUCUCGUUGUUAUUAUUAUUAUAUUAAUAAUACAUUGUCGUGAACGUAUUAAACAACCAAGAAUGAGAUCAGCACAAGCUGCUGAUAAUGAUUUACGUAAAUAUCAAGAGACAGAUUCAAAUACAGACCGUUACCGGGAGAGUGAUCGCAGCAGCAAUCUCUCGGAUGUUAAAGCGGAUAUACGAGCCGGAUCUAGCGUGAGCAACGCUGAGAGCGUGACUGCUCUCGACAGUGAGGGUGAAGGAAGUACAAGGGGUGUAAAUGCCUUGGCUCUUGCCGGCCCAGUGCCUAAUCCCCUUGGUUAUCGAUACAGUGCUGACUACACGGAACCCUCUUUUCCACCAAAGAACAACGAUGGCAGCAAUAACAAUGGAUAUGUACCGUAUGUCGAUUAUUCAAGGGAUUAUAUGCCACCAACAACACAGGGAAUUGAUUCAUCCCGCGAGUCCUUGAGUCGUGUACCCUCGAGUGGCAUUUUGGCAACUAAAAAAAUUGGUUUGAGCUCAGCCAAUUUAGGCAACAUAACGCCACAACAAACUCCAAUAAUCGAUCCACGUUUCUCAGCGACUUAUGGAAAUCCCUAUCUCAGGAUGUCGGCUGCUGAACAUCUAAGACACGCGCCACAUACAGCAAUACCAGGAGUAACACCAGCACCACCGCCUUAUACACAAGCUAUGAGAAUGAAUAGUUUGAGCACGCUCAAUGGUGCCGGUCCACAGGCACCACUUUCAGCGCAUUAUAUAACUGGUGGACCAAAUGGUGGUAUUGCAACAGUAAAAAGAACUGCUGGUGCAUUGGCAACACACGUAUGAGAUAAGGAUUUAAAAUAGAUUAUUAAAUAAUAAUAAUUAAUUAAUCAUCAAAAUAAUAUGAUGAAUAAAAUUGAAAAAUAGAAAAACAAAUAAUUAUAUCAAUGAAAUAUUAAAUUUAUUAACAAAGUUAUAAAUUCAUUAUAAGAUAUAAUGCUAUAAUAUAAAUAGCAAGUGAUAAAUAUUGAAAAUUAAUUGAACAAAGUUCAUCAAAUACUCGUCAAAUUAUAUAUGAGGUUAAUUAGCGUAGAUUGGAAACAUCAACGUUUUAAUUCCACGUAAAUUUAUGAAAUUUAAUAUAAAAUUUAAAUUCAUGGACAAUACAACGAAUUGUAAAAUUAUAUAAAAUUAUAAUUAAUAUAAUUUACAAUAAUCUACAAAAUCAACAAAAUAUCAUCUUUAAAAUUAUCAAAUUUACAUGAAUAAAAUAAAAAAUAAAUUUGAUAUAAAAGUCUGACAACACUGUGGCAAUUUUAAGCUGAUAAAUAAAAAAAAAAAAUCAAGAAAUUAAUAAGAGAAAGAAAAAAAAAUAAUUAUCCAAGUUAUUGUUUGAUACGAUAACGUGAUUAAUUAAUAUGAGCUUUCAUUAAAAUUAUCAGGAUAUUAAAUGUCUAGUCGUGGACAAGCUCAAUUAACGACAUUGGGAUUAAGUGAUGAUGAAAAUGUGUAUUAAAUACACAAUAUAAAACUGUUGAAUUUUUUUUUUUUUCAAGAAAAAGAAAAACAAUAACAUAAUUAAUUAAUUAAUUAAUUAAAACAGUUCGAUUGAUAUUUGACAAUCUUUGAUCUACUAAGCUUUAUAGAUCGUAAUAAACAUUUAAACAUUAUUCACUGUCCUUUUUAACCGCAGACAAUUUUGAAAACAAUUGUUAUUUUUAUAUUUUUUUUCUUCAUUGUCUCGUUAAUCGUCAUUCACAAUUGAUUUUCCACAUAAAUUAAAAUGUCCCAAUUGAUAAUAAUAGCUGCCUGAAUCUGUAUUGGACUAAUGGCAUUAAAAAAAAACUGGGUGUUCAAUUUUUUUUCCAUUCAAAUAUUAAAAUAUUUAUUCAGUUAAUCAAUGAUUAUUUAGGGAAAAGUAAUUUUCAUUAAAAAGAAAAAUAGUUAAUUAAAUAACAGGCAUUUUUUUUUUAUAUAAAAAAAAACAUAAAAAUGAAAAAAAAAUAGUUAAAGUCCAUUGUCAUAGCCAUAUUGUGUUUAGGUAGCUGAAUUGUUUUAUGGAUUAUAUUAAAAAAUAUAGAAAUAAAUAUAAAGCCUAUAAUUUAAUGGCACUAAAUAUAAUUUUAUGAAAAUAAGCGUGUUAGUAAUAACAGCUUCUUGUAAAUAUAUAAAUAUUAUAAAAAAUUUAUUAAAAUAUUUAAAGACAAAAAAUAUUAAAUUAUCGAAAAGACAGAUUUUCUUUUUUAUUAUCAAAAAAAUUAUUAUUAUUAAAAACGCACAAUAAACAUUGUCAAUCAUAAUUAUUAAUUUUUUUUCCAUUAGUAAAUAUUAUCACGUGGCCCUUGAUGUUAUUUUUUUUUCAUCUUUUCUCAUCAAUAUUUAUUUAUUUAUUUGUUUAUGAAAAAAAGUAAUAUAAAUCAUGAAAAAAAUAUAAAAAGAAAGUAUUUACAAAAAUGAAUAAAUAAGUAGAUAAAUAAUUGUUAAUUGUAAAGUAAAUAAAAAUUCAAAUAUCAAAAUAUAUAAUUCACAUGAAAAUUUAAUAAUAAUAAUAGACAAAAAUAUUGAUUUUUUAAGUAUGUUUUCAUCGAACGAUUAAUUUCAAUACUACACAAAGUAUAUAUCCUCUCAAACUAUGGAAACUGGCAAUUUUUUUUUCAUUUCUAUUAUCUAUUUUGUUUUUUUUUUUUUUUAAUUAUUUUUCAAACUGGGGAUAAAAGUGUUGACAACGUAUAACGAAACAGGGUAGCCUAUCAAUUAUUUAAAAAAUAAAAUUAAAAAAAAAUAUACAAAAGAAUCGAGU